AUGGCCAGUCACAGGCAUAACCCUUCUCUACCUGGGAGCAUCGGCUACCAUCAUAAUCAGUGCCGUAACUCUGGUACCCUACCGUCUGCUUCUCAGUUCUCACCGACCGACCUUAUCCCUUCCUGGCUGCAGCACGUGCAGGCAAGCGACGUGUACAAUGAUACAUCACGGGAAAUCUUCCGGCAAGCAAGCCCUGGCCCUGAGAAAACUUUCUGGCAUCCCAACGGCAUUCCGACUGUUCAUAUCCAAUCCAAAUACAACGCCGGGAGGUACCAGGCAUCAGAUGUCUUUAUCCAAGAUACCCCAUCACCACCAUCUUUGACUGGCCAGACAAGUCGCCAUCUUGUUCACGAGCCUUAUCUGAACGACGACUAUGACAAAGUCGUACACAACAGAAAGGGGCAUUCCACUCCCAAAGCCCACGUCUCGAUGCCGUCGGGAGUCUCGCUUGCAGAUCAUAGCAUCUUCGAGAAGCAAGCCAGACGAAAGACUCGAAAAGAUCGCUACAACACAGUUAAAAUAAAAGAUGCGAGAAGAGGGAAGCAACAGGCAAAGAGGUCGUCUACUCGCGUAUCAAAAAAUGGGAGGUUACGAUCGAGCCGAGAGAUAAUGGCCAACUUCACGUCUAGCGCAAUCACACAUCCAAACGAAAGAAUCACGCUAAAGCCCAGUUUCACGCCCGGAUUAUUUGUCAACGGCCGAAGCUCUGUGCCUCAAACCGACCUUGUAUUUAACGACAUACCCCCGCCUGACCAAGGCCACACUCCAAUCGAUAAUGAACAAUGGGCAAAACCAAUAGCGAGGAAGUCAGAAAGAGAAGAAGACGACGCGCCUUCAGACUCCCCCGAUACCCGCAACAGCAGAGCCACUUCUGUAACUUCGUCAAGCUAUUUCCAGCCUAUCCGGCGACCGAUCACUACUGAUAUCAUCAAUGGUGACGCCGUUACUGGGAGGGCCAACACUAUAGGGUGCCAUAGAGAUAAUAGCAGCAACGGUGCCAAAGACUGCGAUGGGGACAACAACAGACCCCCAUCACAACGAGGCAGCUUUACCCUGCAUAUUCGUCCCAUUUACAGCUUUUCUCCAACCACCGCUCCCCAUCGCUCCGAUCUAGAUAUGUUGAAUACGCCGCUUUCUUCGGACGGUAAUUCGAUACAGGAGGCUCAGAGGGAAUCCGCUGCAAGACAUCAAGAGCGGAACACCGAGGAAAAUGGCGACGACCGCGACCUAUGUGACGGCAACCAAGUUAAGGCUACCAAGUACAGAGACAUAGGAGUUAUGGUAAGCCCCCGAAUACACCAGCGGACUGAGAAUCACAACUCGAGUGACGAGGAUAAUGGCGACCAUCGGCUUUGGACAGACGAAGGUGAUUGUUCCAACUCAAGAACGGAACCACGCCUACCCAAUACCUUUCCACAAAUGCUACCUCACAAAGGAAACCAGCAAGACCAGCUGUCUCAAUUAAACAACUCAAGAAUAUGCACCGCGAGUGUAGCGAGUCAGAUACACGGGUACCCCACAUAUCUACCACAUGUUUCUGAAAGGCUAAACCUCAAAGCAGAAGUCGGCGAUAUUCACUGUCCUCGAACUGAUUCUUUUCCAGCUUGGGUUUAUGGUCCGGACAGUACCAAAUAUCCCUCCCUUCUAUUUACAAACAAUGGUUCGUUGUCUAUCGAUGAUUCGGAAUCGUUGAAGACGAUACAUACAGAGUUAAGAGAUGCAUGCAAUAUCGACCCACCCGCGCGGCUCACCAGCUCCGACUAUGCUUGUCAGCUAUCCAAGGAGGUUUGUCAAGACGCAAAUACCCUAUGCUCGGAUACGCUGCAUGUGAUUGAUGAUAUACCUGGUGAAUCCCUCUUGGAAUACAUCGAAAGAAAGGAGCGUGAGUUACUAGGUACUGACGAGCUCCCCACCUCGUAUGUGGACAAUUCUUUGCUCUCAGCUCAAGACGCGUGCCAUAGUCAAACUUCGAGAGUGUCACAUACGGACGUCAUCAAUGAGGCAAGAUGCUCAUCUCCAAGAAAAGUAGUGCAACAACCAGUCCAUGAAGAAGGUUACUCGCCUUUUCACCAAUAUCAACGGCUUCCAAGUCCAGGAGAGGUCCUCAAUCGUGAAAUAGAAUCAGAGCUCACAUCAUUCUGGCAACCAAACCAUAUGAUCUGGUAUUAA